CUCACUUUCCAAGCAGUAGGACCUGGGUUUGAAUCCACCCUGGAUUUCAACGUCAACACUAGUGAAGAAGGUUGCACUGAGGAAAUGCUGAUGAAGAUACGAUGCCAAAAGGAUUCUCCACUACUUCUAAGUUAAAGGGGCGGUUUGUGUGCUGUAAAUAGAUGAGGAGAAAAAGCCAGCUCUGUAAUAAGACCUGACCACGGUGACUGUGUGCAGUGUGAAGUUCCAUGUGUGUCUCCAUGGAUGUAAUCUGCGACUUGACGGCAGGUAUUUGUUCGGAGGACACAGACGCAGUAAUCUGUCCAGAGCUUUUGGCAGAGGAGUCAGAGCAGAGCAGCUGCAGCAGUGCAGAGUCUCUAGAAUCCUCUACCAAAGUGUCUGCAGAUAUGGGUCGUCAGGAGGCGGACUACGUGUGGAAGAAGAACACUGAAAACAUCCAGGAGGUGUUUGAAUUCAUGGAGGAGCUGGGCUCCGGGGCGUUUUCAGAGGUCUACAUGGUGAAGGAGAGGAAGACGGGGAAGACGUUCGCCAUGAAGUGUGUGAAGAAGAAACAGAAGACGGAUCUGAACCUGGAGAAUGAGAUCGCUGUGUUGAGGAGAAUCCGACAUGAGAACAUCAUAGGAAUGGACGAUUUCUAUGAAAGUCGUAGCCACUACUACCUCGUCAUGCAGCUUGUGUCCGGCGGUGAACUCUUCGACCGUAUCCUGGAGCGGGGGGUUUACUCAGAGAAGGAUGCCAGCAGAGUCAUUCAGCAGGUGCUGCACGCCGUCACCUACCUGCACCAAAAUGGUGUAGUGCAUCGGGAUCUCAAGCCGGAGAACAUACUGUACUACUGCACAGAUGAAAACUCCAAGAUCAUGAUCAGUGACUUUGGUUUGUCAAAGAUCGAAGACAACGGCAUCAUGUCCACGGCCUGUGGCACUCCAGGAUAUGUAGCUCCUGAGGUUUUGGCACAGAAGCCCUACAGCAAGGCAGUAGACUGCUGGUCAAUCGGAGUCAUCACCUACAUUCUACUCUGUGGUUACCCUCCCUUUUAUGAAGACAGCGAGACCCGACUCUUCUCCAAGAUCAUGAAGGCGCAGUAUGAGUUUGACUCCCCCUUCUGGGACGAUAUCUCUGAAUCUGCUAAAGAUUUCAUCCGCAACAUGUUACAGAAGAAUCCCAAAAUGCGCUUCACCACCGAGCAGGCGCUCAGACAUCCGUGGAUUAUAGGGAAGACGGCUCGCAGCCAGGACAUCUACUAUUCUGUCAGUGUGCAAAUCCAAAAGAACUUUGCCAAGUCAAAGUGGAAGCAAGCCUUCAACGCUGCUGUGGCCAUCAACCACAUGAAGAAGCUGCAGCAGGCUCACUCAGAGCUGGCCACCAGAGCCACCAGCAUCCCAGACAUCAAGGUGAUCGACUUGUCCUCUAACACGCGCCAAGAACUGGAGCCAGACAAGCCGGAGCCCAGUGGGGGGCAGGGUGAGAGGAGCGGGACGAAACACAUGUCGCUGCCCCCGAGCCCCGUGGAACUGAAGAGCCAGUUCCACACGUUGAAAGUAAGUCACAGCCAAUGUGACACACACCAUCUGCCCACGAUCGCUGGAAAAGGCAAAGCAGUGUACCACUCAGAGCCCGCCAACCUGAACGGGUACUGUAAGAACCGGAACGGAAAGACUGUCCAGACUGGUGUUUGCUCUGUCAUGUGAAGCCUAUGAAGUUUACAUGGGAGAAGAAACUUGUUACUCUGUCAGUGUUGCUGUGCAGACGCAGCAUGCAGCUGUUUUGUGUCCACAGCUCCCCCUGGAUCUGAGAAUGAGAAGUGGUUUAUUCUUGGUCAGCUCUCACCGGGAGAGUCUGCCAGAAUCUCUCAUUCUGUGGGAGACAUUUCUGAUCAUUGUUUAAAGUGUGCCUACGAAGUGUCCCUGCAAGUACCUACGGUAGAAAUGCACCAUGGUAUACACACACACACACACACACACACACACACACGCUCAGAUGUGCAUGGCAAACUGUGACUAACGUGCACUAAAGUCUUACUCAAUGUUGAAAGUAGUGAAACGGCUCUCGAACAAAGUGGAAAGUGAGUUUGUGAACACAAACUGAACUUUAGUUUUUUUCUGUCUUUUUUUUUUUAGGAAAAAUCACUGCAAGAGAUCAAAUUAUUUUAAAUUUAUUUCACCCAGUAAAUAAAACCCAGAACUGCAUGCUCACUUCUUCAGAGUACUCAUGGUAAUUCAUGUAAAGAUUUGUUUUAUUAUGUUGUUUUUCUUUGCGUAUGUAGGAAUUUCUUUAAAAUACAAUAAGGCAUGCUAUUCAGAAAUUAGUUGAAAAAAAAAAGUUCAAUAAAAAAACAUGUAAAUAAAAACUAAUCAUUAACAGUGUAAAUGCCACAAGUAUAACUUGCCAACGUGUUGCUUUUGCGAACCAUAGCACAGCUCGUUUUAAUGCAUGGCUCCACUUCACAUGUACGUACAGAACACACCUGACUAUGACCUACAGCCCUGAAGGAUAUGUUGGUGCAGAACAGUGCACAAAUGAGUCUGACUAAGAAGGGACUUAUCUGCUAAUAUGUAACAUUGUUAGCGGUAGGUUAACGGUUAGCUCGUGUACUGUGAUGUUAAGUAUUACCGAAUGUACAGUAACCGUUUGUUUGGUUUGUUUUUUUGGUUUUGUGUGAUUCAUCACGUCUCUGUUUCUACAGCUGUGUGUAGAGACAAACGCUGGUUCAUGUUCACAAAUAAAGUUUAUGGAGAUUA